AUGGCUUUGCUUCCCAACAUAACUGAAGAACUACAAGACACCAUCGCGGGCCUCGACUGGUCGAGCGACAAUGAACCCUCACUGCCUCAACUUGGACAACCUGAUAUCCGCCAGAUACCUUGGCGUUCUGGCUUCGACAGUGUGGUCGCUCAAGUAAUAGACCAGGCAAGCCCUCUGCUCAAGGAGCAUGAGCCGAAGCCCAUGAAUUAUGUCCCAACUGCUCUAUUAAUUCAAACUGGAGGGUUGCUUGACUCGAGGGCCCGUUUUAGCAUCAUCGUCAAGCGGGAUAAAGAGACUGCGGUCGAUUUGAGACAACAAGGCCAGCACUUUACUACCACUUUGCCUCAGGUGUCCAUCCUUGACCAACACGUAGGAUUAGCCAAGGCAGAAUCUCAAAACGGUUUGCUUUGCUUGUGGAUACGAUGCUAUCUGAAGGAGCAAUAUAUAGAGAAGUUCGGACCGGAAAGCUGGUCAGAUAAGAAAUGCUAG